AUGCAGGAACAAGAAGCCGCAUGCACUCUAGACCCCGCGUGGGGCCAACAAAUCGGUCGAUCCCAAGGGGCCCCAGAGACCCUUAAGGCCUCUCAAGGCGCUCCUACUGAAGAGCAGGGGGAUACUGCAGGCUCCUCCUCCGCUUCCGAGUCGUUUUCAGGCAGCCAGGAACUGGAGACAUACCCUGAGAGCACUGGAGAUUUGCAGCAUCAGCUUGAGGCCAUAUCCGUUGCUGCUGGCCCUUCCAGCAUGCCCUCCUUGUCUCUGCCCCUCCCCACCGCACCGAAUCCACGUCCCUAUGAUUCCUUGUGGCGUCUUUUGUUUCUGGUGCUGAUAUCUUGCGGCCCCUUCCUCUGCAUGCUCAUUUUUAUCUCUGUGCUGCGGAACGUCGCAGCCUCCAUGCUCUUUCUGCAUUGGAUCUGCAUGUUGGGGGCCCCCAUGCUAUACGUGUACUUUGCUAGCGACGGCCCUGGUUACUACAAUCAUGUGCUUCUGUGUCAGGGGCCCCGUGGAGGGAGGUGGCGGCGGCAAGGGCCUUGGGCCUGUCUAGGGUUUGUGAUGGGUGGGGUUGGUACCUAUGUUGGGUUCAGGUUUGUGUGGCUGGUGUGCCAGGCUGCCAGCAACGUCGACGUGUACGAGGAGGUGCGUCUUCGACUGCAACAGCUGGGGCUGGGGAGUGCUCUGUGGAAGGCCGUCUUGCUGGCAGUCUAUUUCAUCCUUUUUAAUCCCCUUGUUGAGGAGCUGUUUUGGAGGGUGUUUCUCUACCGCGAGUUAGGAGCUGGGCUCUUUGGCUCGGGUGCGGCAGGACUGCUGCAUAUCACAGAGGCAGAACCGCUAACUCUAAAAUUGCAUCGCAGACGGCGUACGGCAGCAGGUGCGUCGCAGGCCCCAGAUGCAGGGGCAGGCGCCAGAGAGGGGUCCCCCUGCAGCAGCCUUUCUGAUCGCUCGGAAGGGUCGCAAGUGGAUAUUGAGCAGCAAGACUCCGACGUUUACGUCGCUGUGAAAACGCCCCCUGACUCCCCAAACGAUACAUUAACGACUGCAGCGGCAGCAAGUGACACACCAGCCUCGCAUGGGGAAGCGGAGGGGGCGACCACCUCCAGGGUGAGGACUAGGAGCAAAACCAUAGCAUACUAUGACCUAAGAGUGCCUUUAUCCGGUUUGGUCGCCCUGGCAAUAAGCUACAGCAGCUACCACAUGGUGAUCUUUCAUUCUCUUUUGGGAGCGGCUUUUGUGCUGCCGUCCUUUGUCCUUGUAUCCCUCCUCGGAGGAGUCUUCCUGUUCCUUAGAAAUAAGGAGCGCUUUGGACUGCUUACAGCAACGGCACUGCACGCGGGGGUCGAUGUCGGCGUCAUCAUCGUCCUGGCGGAGGCACUCAAUGUCUUCUAG